GCGCCCCCCGCCCGACGCUGGAUGGGAUUGGGCGCCCACCGGUGAGGUCAUCAUCAGGCGCCUAGGAGGGAAGCGGGAAGCUCAGCUGUCAACUAUCGGGCAUCCAAAGAAGGCGGUCCAAGUUUUGUCUGGAAAGGCACCAAAGUUUCUUUUACUUCUUCAGAGAUGAGUAAAGUCAGUUCCUCUGAGAAGGGGACAAUGAACAGAGGGAAUGAACAGCUUUAAAGGUAUCACCUAUGAGAAGAGAAGCUUGUUGAUCUGACAUACCUGAAUGUGGGGAUAGUGGCACUUAGCUAUUUCCAGAGUUUUCUGGGCCAUUAUGGCAGUCAAGUGGACUGGUGGACAUUCUUCUCCUAUUCUCUGCCUGAAUGCAAGUCAAGAAGGGCUAGUGGCUUCAGGAGCAGAGGGUGGAGAUCUCACGGUUUGGGGUGAAGAUGGGACUCCAUUAGGACACACAUGCUUCCAAGGAGCUGAUGAUGUUACCAGUGUCUUAUUCUCUCCCUCCUGCCCCACCAAGCUCUAUGCCUCACAUGGAGAAACCAUUAGCAUCCUGGAUGUCAGGUCUCUCAAAGGAUCCCUGGACCAUUUUCAUGUGAAUGAAGAAGAAAUCAAUUGUCUUUCAUUGAAUGAAACUGAAAACCUGCUGGCUUCUGCUGAUGACUCUGGAACAAUCAAAAUCCUAGACUUGGAAAAUAAGAAAGUUAGCAGAUCACUGAAGAGACAUUCCAACAUCUGUUCCUCUGUAGCUUUUCGGCCUCAAAGACCUCAGAGCCUGGUGUCCUGUGGGCUGGAUAUGCAGGUGAUGCUAUGGAACCUUCAGAAAGCCCGGCCACUGUGGAUUACAAAUUUACAGGAAGAUGAAGCAGAAGAAAUGGAAAGCCCACAAUCACCUGGUCAGCUUUUAAACCCUGCCCUAGCCCAUUCUGUGUCUGUGGCAUCAUGUGGCAAUAUUUUUAGUUGUGGGGCAGAAGAUGGUAAGGUUCGAAUCUUUAGGGUGAUGGGAGUCAAGUGUGAACAGGAAUUGGGAUUUAAAGGCCACACUUUGGGGAUCUCCCAGGUCUGCUUUCUGCCAGGAUCAUAUUUGCUGCUUACUGGAGGGAAUGAUGGGAAAAUAAUGUUGUGGGAUAUAAGCAGUGAAGUUGAGAAAAAACAGAAGAGUCCUGCAAAACAUACUCACAGGAAGAAAACUAAAAGAGCAAUUGGUAACAAGCAGGGUAGAAACACUCAUGCUUCAGUAACAGGUGAAGAUGAACAUGGCAAAAUUUUACCAAAGUUAAGUCUUGAACAUGGAGAAAAAGUGAACUGGCUCUUGGGUACAAAAAUAAAGGGAUACCAAAAUAUACUGGUAGCUGAUCAAACUAAUUGUAUAUCUGUAUAUCCCUUAAAAGAAUUUUAAAUCCAAUAAAACAUUUGAAAAAAUGCAA